AUGUCGGCUGGCCAAUGUUCAGUUCUUUCACUGUCUUUUCUCAUGUGUUUAGUUUCUUGCAGUGUCGGUGAAGCCACUCCGGAGCAAACUGACCAACGUAUUGUGUUUUACGUGUUCGGAUCAGAGAACAUCUACAUCAUAGAUCCAAAGAGUAAAGAAAUUUCGUCUACAAUCGGUCCUGAUGGUGUUUGUACCAAAUCAAACAACAGGUUUUCCAGGUGAUCGUACUUGUAACAACAGUGUUUGCCGAAAUUUUUCACAUGCCUCGCCAAAAAUAUGGCUGAUUACAAUGUGAAUUGUAACUGCUCUGUUGUUGUUCUUUUUUUUUUUUUUAUCAGGAAUAAAUGUUCCUUCGGUAAGAAUACAGUGGUGAGAGACGAACUUAUCUUCUUCAGCGACAUGCCUGGGAAUCGAGUUCACGUUAUUGAUGUACAGCAGCAGAAGGUAUUAAAUGGCUUCCUACACUAACUCGAAGUAGUUUUUGUUUCCCCUCAGAUCAUUUCUAUAUAAUUUUACCCUCGAUAACUCGAACCAUGUUUUGAGCCCUUAAAAAUUCGGGAAAAAAAAAAACAGCCAACUGGCGUCCGAAACAUUGAAUUUUGAAUUUCCCAUGUUGACGCGGUCUGGUAGGCGUAUAGUUUACUAGUGGAGGCUGAUGUUGUUUUUCACAAAUCUAACGUGAAACAGCUUUACUUCUCAAAACAGUAAAACGUAUGCUCUAUUUGGGCAACAUUUUGUUAGGUUACGCUAUCAUUUUUAAUCUAGAAGUAUCUUUCAAUUUUCACAUCAAUUCAAAUUCAAAGUAGACAGACUGCAAAUUAUAGUAGUUGCUAAAAAAUAUAUCUACGUGUUCCAACUGUUCAUCAGUAGGAUGCCUAAAAUGCGUGCAUUUACACAAUUGGUUUCGGCUCCAAUAAAUCCUAUACCAAUUGCAGAACAUUUUAGGAGGAGCCACCCACCGUGUGAGCACGGUCGCGGACAACACAUAAGUGAGGAAAAUAACGCAAAGCAAAACUAAGACAUUAUUAAACGAACUAAAUGUACACUCAAUUUAACAUUUCUACAAUUAACUGUGAUUAAAAUGUUCACUGUGCAGUAGAAACUGUUUUUUUUUUCCUUACUCCCGGCUAUUUUCUUCGCGCUCCCGAUAGCUCGAACUCCCGAUAACUCGAACUUUUUUCGAUUUCCCUUGAAGGUUCGAGUUAUCUGGAGUCGACUGUAAUUUGUUUGCCCACGAACUUAGUAGUUCUUGACACUCGUUGAAAGGUGUCCGUGCGUUCCAGAUCGAAUUAGAAUUCGGAGGUGUUGGUUAUUGAGUACCCGGAGAAAAACUUCUCUUAGCAAGGGAGAGAACCAACAACAAACUCAACCCACAUCAACCACAUCGACGCCAACGCCGAGAUUUGAACCGGGACCACAAUGUUAGCUGACAAUGUAUCAGCAGGCUGAGAUAGAGUAUGCCGAGUUCCUUACGUCUUCCCUACUCGCUCCCACUUCAUUGAAACAAAAGCCUAUUAUACCUUACUAAAGGUUAUUCACCGCGACGUUGUGGGAAAAAGAUGUUGUUUUUUUGGUUCCAAACUAAGCAAUGUGAGCUGAAAAAUUGGAUAGAGGAAAAACAGGAAACGAAACGAAGUGUGUAGCUCUACAAGAGGUCUGCAAAGUACAUGAGUUCAUAUAAAACAGACAACUCUCCAUUGACGUUUUCUUGUGAAGAAAACCGUAAGGUUCCAUAUAGACUUGCUUACAAGUCGAACUCAAAUUAUUUCGGCGGGCGCGAAGCGCUAACGGUAGAUUUUUCAUUGUGUUUCUGCGGCAAAAGCGAGCGAGAGAGCGAAAGUUGGGGCCAACUACCGAAACCGGAAAUGAGAAGCGAAGGACUUUGAGGAAGUCUAGGUUCCAUAUAGCCUAACGGUAUAUCUCAGCACUUCAUGAAUGCAUUGCCUUUUGCUGGCGUUAUCAGUCACAAAACAUACUCAGGAAGAAGAAAUCUGUGAGUUAACCUGCCUUUGUUGCAGCCAUGUGGACAGUCGCGUAACGAUCCGUGAACGAUUACCCGACUAACUUGUGUGGACCACAACAUUGACCGUGGUUAGACAGGUUGUCAUAUAAGUGUGAACGUAGUAUGCAUAUAUUUAUGGUAAAAUACAUAUAAACCAAGUACUCUACUGAGCUCUUUCGAGAAAGUUUUUCGAAAAAGCGUAAAAGUGAACGCGACAAUCCUGCAAGAUAAUCUGUCUAAUCUGGGAUACAAUCAAUGAAUUUUAAUAAGUCAAAAAAAUAAAUAAAUAAAUAAACCGCAUCAAACUGGUGAUUGGCAGUCCUCACGGUGACGAUGUUAGAUUGGGUUUUCAAAUUUUUAAUAAAUUUCAACUGGAAACAUUUAUAAAGAACUUUCAAGAUCAAGAAGUUCGUUGGCCCGCUUUGCAGAAAAACUCCCCAGGAUCGUUAAAAAACGAUGAGAAAAAACACACCAGGACACUAGCCUGCAGUCUAGGACACUGAACACACAACCGUAAAAUGACCUUAUAAUUUAAACAUUUACUCCAAAGGUGGUGGAAACAAUCCAAACAGGGGGUUACCCUUAUGAUUUGUACUACCUACAUUGGCUGAAGGAGGUCUGGGUACAUACCUGGACCAACUCUACUUUUGAUGUCAUUAACACUGAUGGAAGCCUGCGUAAGACGCACAAGGCUAUCAAGGCGCAUGUGGAACCAGGUCAGUACAGAGAACUGGCGUUAUUUCUUGUGUAACCAAUGAGAAACGCAGUCUAAGCUUAUUGUAACUUAUUAUAAAAUUCAACUCAGUUUUCUCGGUGGAUUGCACCUGACGACUGCAUCGAAUUUAGCCUCCCAAAGCAUGGCAACCGUUGUAAGUUCAUCUUGUGAAUUUUAUGAAACUGAAAUGGAAUUUUGAACUUCGCCUUUACAAAACGCGAGCUUAGGGUAAUGCUUUUCUUUUGUCAAUUGAAGGUUGUGUAUUUUAGUGCUCGAAACAGCCUCAAUUAGAUCAUUUACCUAAACAUUGCGCAUUAGAAUCGAGAAAUUAAAGAAAAAGAAAUCAAGAACCCAAGAUGCACGUUUUCCUGCGCGCGAAACUGGCAGCAUUUUUUCUGUUAGCGGCCGGAAACCGGCUUUGUUAUGUUAGCUUCAGUUUCUUAGCGUUUCUUAGAAAUCCCUCAGUACUUUUGUUUUACCUAUGCUCUACACUGACAAAGCUUUUGUCGAACGACAUACGUUCUUAGGUUGGACACACGGGUACAUGUUCGCUGACUCAGAGGUGAAAGACGGCAAAAUGGGCUAUGUCACUCACUUGUUCAACCCAGGCCUGCACCAAAUCGACCUCAUAGCCAAGGCAUACAAGACCUUUGUUAACGUUUCUGACUACAGCUGCACCGGAACUUUUAACUUCGUUUACAGCUCCCUGAACAAACACGCCUUCUUUGAUUGUUAUAGAGCCUCAAAGAAGGUUGCUUUGUUGGAGAUGGACCUCACCACUGAUAAAAUUGUUCAGAAGUGGAACAUUGCUGGGGAACCGUAUGUUUCACCCGAUGGCCGCUACAUCGUCGCACUUUACAAAUCCGUUAACGAGUCGGCCAACCUUCUCAUUGCUAGUAAAGUUUAUGUGCUAGUUAUUCCUGGCAAGGACAGUGCUACCAUUUUGAAGUCCAUAAUAGAUAUCGCUGGUGGCGUGAGCGACCUUGUUUAUUAUGAGAAGCUAGACAAGAAGGGAAGUUUUAUUGCUUACAUCAGUCUUAUUUACAGCGACAAGAUAGCAGUGUUAGAUCUCGACUCAAUGGACUCUGGAAACACCCAAAUCAGCUACAUCGUGAACGUUGGAAGCGUAUAUUCGGCACCCGGUAUGCACUCAGUGAGUCGACCGUUGGUAGCAUCGGGUCCCUGGCUUGUGACUCCUGCCUCUGCUAACCAAUCCCUUGCCAUCAUCAACAUCGCCACACAAGAGCUGUAUGGGAUGGUAAAGGAUGUGGUCGGGGCUAGAGGGAUGGUAGCAGCAUACUCACCGAGGCCAAAUCCCAUAGGU